AUGCAGUUCUUGGGCACGGCCCUCACCGCGCUGAGCGCGGCGGAGAAGCCCGAGGUGCUCUCGGCUGCCCUGGAGGUGCUCAGUGUGCUGAUGGAGGUUGAUGAUCAGAAGAUUUGGCAGAAAGAGGUGCCGGCCUUCCUGUCGGACGACCUGGUGGAGAAGCUCGUGCUGCUGCUAGUGGACAUCGAGGACGGCCAAGAUGUGGUCGCAGCUGCUUUGGCGGUGCUUGAGCUGGCGCCCCGUGUCUGGCUGGAGCCGCACCGGGAGGCCCUGGCGCAAGCUAUGGCUGCGGUUUCGGAGUCGUGCGCCUUGUCACCGGACUUCCGUGCCUUCUUGUCGACCUGA